AUGGACGCGUUCCUGCAGAGGCUCAAGCGGCUGGACGCGUACCCCAAGGUGAACGAGGACUUCUACAAGCGGACGCUCUCCGGCGGCAUCGUCACGCUCGUCGCCGCCGUCGUCAUGCUGCUCCUCUUCAUCUCCGAGACCAGGUCAUAUUUUUAUUCAGCAACAGAGACUAAGUUAGUUGUGGACACAUCAAGAGGAGAGAGGCUACGAGUAAAUUUUGAUAUUACUUUUCCGAGCAUUCCUUGCACCCUCCUCAGCAUUGAUACAACAGAUAUUAGCGGAGAGCAGCAUCAUGACAUUAGGCAUGACAUCGAGAAGAGAAGAUUAGAUUCACAUGGUAAUGUUAUUGAAGCAAGAAAAGAAGGCAUUGGCGGAGCAAAGAUCGAGAGACCAUUGCAAAAACAUGGAGGAAGGCUCGACAAAGGUGAACAAUAUUGUGGCACAUGUUAUGGUGCUGAGGAGUCGGAUGAGCAAUGCUGUAAUUCUUGCGAAGAAGUUAGGGAGGCAUAUAAGAAGAAAGGUUGGGCUCUGACAAAUCCUGACCUAAUUGACCAGUGCGCAAGAGAGGAUUUUGUUGAGAGAGUUAAAACUCAGCAAGAUGAAGGCUGCAAUGUCCAUGGCUUUUUAGAUGCCAGUAAAGUUGCUGGAAAUUUUCACUUUGCCCCAGGCAAAGGAUUUUAUGAAUCAAACAUAGAUGUACCUGAGCUGUCAGUACUUGAAGGUGGUUUCAAUAUUACCCACAAAAUAAACAAACUGUCCUUUGGGACAGAAUUCCCUGGUGUUGUUAAUCCACUUGAUGGUGCUCAGUGGACACAGCCAGCUUCAGAUGGGACAUACCAGUAUUUCAUAAAAGUUGUCCCUACAAUAUACACUGAUAUAAGAGGACACAAUAUUCAUUCGAACCAGUUCUCGGUAACAGAACAUUAUAGAGAUGGAAAUGUUCGUCCAUACUCCAAGAAACCCCAACCUGGAGUAUUUUUCUUCUAUGAUUUCUCACCUAUAAAGGUGAUAUUCACAGAAGAAAAUAGAUCCCUACUCCACUACUUGACAAACCUUUGUGCUAUAGUGGGAGGUGUUUUCACCGUCUCUGGUAUCAUUGACUCAUUCAUAUACCACGGACAGAAGGCGCUCAAGAAGAAAAUGGAGUUAGGCAAAUACAGAUGA